AUGGAGCAGCCUAACGGUGGCGGUGUUAAUGGUGGUGGUGGUGUUGGUGAACCAACCGAUGACCGCAGUGCGUCACCAGCGAGAGCAACCCAGAACGACAAUGCAACCGGGAUGGGUCCAUUGUCGUCGGGGAUCAGCAAUGGAAUGGAUACCGCAACAGCAGCCGCCACACCGAAGACAACCAACUGGGUAAAGUUCGAGGAGGACGGUGGACCGGAACCGAGCAAGUCCCCAUCGCCGUCACUGCCACCGCCACCGCCGACCGCCUCCAGUAGACAUCCGCUGGCGGCGGGCAGCAACCGGCAGUCGGUGACAACAUCACCGGACACGGCACCACCGGCCGUACUACCAACCGAAACGGUGCACGUAAAUCUGGACACACGGACACCUAGCACACCAAAGCAAACCCAACCACAACCAUCACACGGGGCCGGCAAACCAACGCCCGGCACCGGUUCCGGCACGGUACCGAGUGGAGUCAACAAAACAUCACAACCGGCCGUCAUAGACAUUCCGAAGCAAUCGGUAAACGUGGUGCAACCGAUCCAGUCGAUGCGUACGAUCGAACUUUCGACCGGCCGUGUACGGGAAGGUUUCGCAAACGGAGAUGUAAUCGUUACCUUACUGCCUACCAACACUCGGUGGCCGUGGAUCACACCGGCCGUGUUUCGUCCCGAGCUCGUCCCGGAAGAGCUGAUGGCGCAAGGUUUGACGCUCACGGUGGAGGAGUACGUGCAUGCAAUGGAAACGCUGGUGAACGACUACCGGUUCACGCUGUACAACAUCUGCUACAAGCGCGUGCUGGUCGUGUGGAUUCUGUUCGCCUUUAUCGUCCUGAUUGGGUUGCUGUUUUCCGGCUUCUACGGCAUUACGCUGCUGUCGCUCGGCGUUGCCUGGCUGUUCCUGAAUGCGGCCGCCAUUUUCCUGUGCAUGUGGGUCAAAUUGAAGCUGGCGCGAGGCCUCGAACGGUGUAUGGCGCGCGUGAACAAGCAGCUGAUACGACACAAAAUUUUGCUCGCACUGGACGACCGUGGCCACAUCUCCUGUCACAAGGUGAACCUUUGCUUUCUGUACUUCGAGCCGUCGCAGUGCAUCAGCUAUCUGAACGAGUUCAUUGAGCGGAGCGAACAGAACGGCAACACGAUCGAACCCGGCUGGGAAAGCCGGCUGGACGUCACGACGAAUGAUAUCGUUAUACAGGGCGCGAACACAACGCGACUGUCUCGGAAGCAGGGACGUGCGGAAGGCAUCUUUCUGCGGUAUCUACAGCGCUGGGGUAAGGAUUAUCUGCGCCGCCGGCUAGACUGGACGAUCGAGGAGAAUGCGAUCGUGUCGGCACCGCGCCACCUGCCGACGGCCUACUGUCCCUGCCAGUACGCGGAGGAGGUGAUGCUGCAGAAGAAACCGAAGGAAGAUCCACGGCUUUGCUGUGCCACGGUUCGGGUCCAUCUUGCCCGCAUCGGAUUCCACUUCUGA